AUGCCGAAACGGAAACGGCCGGGCUAUGAAGGCACCGGCGAUAGAGGCGAUAGAGUCCGGUCUAUGCGCACCCAGGAUAUACAGGACCAACUCAUUCAAAGCAAGAAACUGCUGCACCGCGCCCUGAAAUUGGCCAAAAACUUCGAGCGCCAGAAGCUCGGGAAGCGGCUGAAGAAUGCGACGGCCGAGAGCAAAAGCGAUGAUGUCGCGCGGAUCAAUCGGGAAAUCGAGGCUUUAAGGAGCAUGGAUCUGGAACGGACGACUGAAGCCCAUCUUCACAAGACGCUGUUGAAGAUCAAGAGGAUAGCCGAGAGCGAGCUGUUGCCGGAGGAGGUCAGGAAGGUGGCCCCGAAGCCUGAUAUGUCGGAAGAGAUGAUCGCGGCGACAAAUAAUGUUGUCAGUGGGAUGCUGAAUAUGCCUGCUGUCAAGACUGUUAUACCGCAGCUGAUUACGGGCAUGCACAUUGCUAUGGGGAUUCCACAAUCGGCCGUGGUUGGGAAGAAGAUGCCCGGGAAGAAGGAGGAAAUCAAAGGAAUAUUGAAGAAACCGAGUCUUGGUGUUUCUAGGAGGGAAACUUCGGGUAGUGACGAUACCGGCUCCGAUGAGGAGCAGAAACAUGCGAAGCGGACUGCGAAAGGUGUUAGGCUUCCUCAGGAAGACCUCGCGGGUAGUGACGACGAGGAUGAGGACGUUAAUGAUGAUGACAUGCUGGCUCGCUACGAUGCACAACUCGGUGGAUCCUCAGACGAGGACAGCUUCAACGAAGAAGAAUUCGCGACAGAGAGAAAAGCCGCCCAGCCUGGACAACGGCAUUCUCUAUCCUUGUCCCACUCCGCCUCUGAAUCGGACGGUGAAAUCAUCAAUUCGGAGUCCUUCGGGCCCAAGACCAAACGCGAGAGAGCAUCGCAGUCAAAGGUUCCUAUAAGUGCUCCCAAAGGCUCAACAUUUCUGCCGAGUCUAAGUUCAGGAUACUGGUCUGGAUCUGAGUCUUCGGCAUCUGAUUUUGACGAUGCCCCUCCGCCGGUGAAGAAGAAUAGACCGGGGCAGAUGGCGAGAAGAGCUCUAGCUGAGAAGAAGCAUGGGAAGGGGGCAAAUCACAUCAAGAAAGGACUACCACCCGUUGCUGAGAUGGGGAAGAGGAGCAAGGAUGAUGGCUGGGAUCCUAAGAGGGGCGCCAGCGGAGGGGAGAGAGGAGGACGAGGUGGCAGAAGGGGAGGAAGAGGAGGAAAACAGAGAGACUUUAGGCAGGUGACGGGAGAGAACGCCAUCGCUGUUGCACCAAGGAAGGUGGAGAAGAAGAGAGACGAUGUGGGAGUACUGCAUCCAAGUUGGCAGGCUGCGAAAAAGGCGAAGGAAGAGAAGAAGACGGCGACGUUCCAGGGAAAGAAGGUAAAGACGGCUGCGACCAGAUUCGACGACAGCAGUAGCGCGGCGUACUGCCGGAUCAGGGCAUGGGCUUGCGGUGCCGGCGACGAGAGCUGGUUGUCGGGACGCAGGAAGAAACUGAGGGCAGCGGGCGUCUCGAGCGCGAUGUGGAUCAGGAAGGGGAGGUUGAUGCGCGCGGGGAAUGCACGCGGCAUUGUUCAGGAUGGGUGCUCGUGGGUGAGUGAGGUUGAUGAGAGGGUGAGGAGGUUGGUUAUUCAGAGUGGACUCCAGCUGCCGACGUGUUUGAUCGAAACAACAAGAGUUCGUAACCACAACAACAAGAAGACGCAAAUCAGGGAAUCUGCUUGGAAUUCAUGGUCUUUGGCUCAUAGAGGUUGUACCGGUAGCUCUCACAGUCCCAGGAGGCUCAUUGUAAUGAAGCCUGGCAUCCUACGGAUCAAAGUCCAUCUAGUAGUACUAAUCAAUGCAUGUCCAUGUCGGCCCAUGUCGGUCCCUGAGCGGGUCAGGUCCCCCGGCGGCUGGUGGGCUGGUGGGCUGGUGGGCUGGCUGGUGGGCUGGCGACCCUGGCCCUCAGCGCGUUCUGGAGUGGAUUCAUCAACUGUGUUGAGAAGCAACAGCAACAGCAACAGCGCCAGCAACACAGAUAUUGACAAUUACUCGUCGGGACUUUCUGCUGGCAUCAGACCACCAGACCGACGAAUUUGCAGUGCAGUGCAGUGCAGUGCAGUGCAGUACACUGCAGUGCUGAAUGUCUGGACAAACUCUGCAAACGGCACUACCCAGAAUCGCCAGCGUGCGCCUCUCCACCCCCACUUCACUGCUCAAGCCGUACUGACACAGCCCUCUAGCAUGGCAAAAAUCCGCAUGAUAAACCGAUACACGGGAAUCGAUACGCGCUCGGCAAUAGGGACCGUAGACCACCAUAUGGCGAACAUGGACCGCGCUCCCACAAUCAACGAGCUCUGCGAGAUCUUCCUCAAAGACGGUGUCGCACUUGCGGUAACCGCCGCGCGAAAAGCUCUCCACGAGGCGCAACUUUCGCCUGCAGAUAUAACACAUGUGGUCUCGACAACGUGUACGAACAGCGCCAAUCCGGGCUUCGAUCACUACGUGUGCAAGGGACUGGGCAUAACACAACCAGUAGAGAAAGUAUUGCUCCACGGCAUUGGAUGUAGUGGGGGUCUCGCGAGUUUAAGAACCGCGGCCAACUUGGCUCUGGGACACAGCUUUCGCGGGAGGAAAGCUAAAGUGCUGGUUAUUGCGCUGGAGAUAAGUAGUCUGUUGGUGAGGAGCGAGCUGGAUAGUAUAAACGAGCUCCAAGAGACGAGGAUCGGCGUAACGCUGUUCAGCGAUUGUGCGAGCUCCUUGAUUCUGAGCAAUGGGGUCGGUGGGGAGGACGCCGAACCCGUGUACGAGCUGCUGGGGUGGGACCAUAGGAUGAUACCUGAUACGGAGCAAGACCUGGGAUUCGACGUCGACCCACUUGGUUGGAAAGUCGUUCUCUCCCCCCGGGUUCCUCAGCUUGCUGCCUCGGUCGUAGAACCCACCUUCACCGACCUCCUAGCGACUCUACCGAACCUGCCCCCGAAUUACAGAAAUGCCGCUGAUUUCGACUGGGCCUUGCAUCCAGGCGGAGCCACCAUCCUCUCCGGGGUCGAGCGCGCGAUGAAUAUCUCUGCCGAACACAUGCGCGCAAGCUACGAUACGUAUAUCAAGCACGGCAACUCGUCUUCAGCAACAGUAAUUUCGGUCUUUGAUCGCUUGCGGCAAAAAGACAUGGAUGAGCUUGCGCCGGGAGGCAAGGUAAAAGACUUCGUUGUCGGGUGCGCCUUUGGACCGGGUAUUGCGAUCGAGAUGUGUAUGCUGAAGAGGAAUAUGAGCCAUAUUAGGCGGACCCUGAUUGCGACUGGAGAGGCGACGCCACCGGAGACCGAGAGCGAGGGGAGUCGAAGCGAUGGCGAAGAGCUGGAUUCUGAUAUCAAGGAAGCCAAAGCAAAGGGCGCACAAUUGAAUGAGAAGCUCAAUAGCGUACUGCCGGAAGUACCGGAGCAAGGCGAAAGUUUGAGCGAAGCUUUGAAUGGUGUUGACUUGGACUGA